CUGUUUACCAGAAGAGCAUAACAAGGGCAGGUCUGACUGCAAGGCUGGGACAGGGAGGCAGAGCUGCCGCAAAAAGGGACUCCGGUGGGACACUGGUUGGUCAAUCACCUGCAAGAUGAAGCUGGUGAGGAUGCUGUUAGCCUGGAUGCAAACAUUCCUCCUCAGCAACAUGCUCCUAGCAGAAGUCUAUGGAUCUGGAGGCUGCUUCUGGGACAACGGCCACCUGUACAGGGCAGACCAGCCCUCUCCCUCGCCGGGCCUCCGCUGCCUCAACUGGCUGAAUGCGCAGAGCAGCCUGGCCUCUACCCCUGAGUCCGGCGCCGGCAACCACAGCUACUGCCGGAACCCAGACCAGGACCCGCGCGGGCCCUGGUGCUACGUCAGCGGCGAGGCGGGCGCUCCCGAGAAGCGACCUUGCGAGAACACGCGCUGCCCAGAGACCGCUUCCCAGGACCCACCAACCUCCACAACAGAAACCAAGGAGGCGUCUGAAGUGCCAGGUGGAGAUGAGGUGCAGGUGUUCGCUCCUGCCAACACCCUGCCUGCCCGGAGCGAGGUGGCAGCUGUUCAGCCAGUGAUUGGAAUCAGCCAGCGGGUGCGGGUGAAUGCUAAGGAGAAAAAGGAUCUGGGAACCCUAGGUUAUGUGCUGGGCAUUACCAUGAUGGUGAUUAUCAUUGCCAUUGGAGCUGGCAUCAUCUUGGGCUACACCUAUAAGAGGGGGAAGGACCUGAAAGAGCAGCAUGAGCACAAAGUGUGUGAGAGGGAGAUGCAGCGAAUCACCCUGCCCUUGUCUGCCUUCACUAACCCCACCUGUGAGAUCGUGGAUGAGACGACUGUCGUGGUCCACACCAAUCAGACUCCAGUCGACCUUCAGGAGGGCAGCGUCCCCCUUAUGGGCCAGGCAGGCACUCCUGGGGCCUGAGCCCCUGCACAGUGGGCAGUAGCCCAUGCAGACACUGGUGCAGGAUGGCCUACCCUCCUACAGCUGGGAGGACUGACACAUUUUGUUGUGGUUAAAACCCUCCCCUCCUUUUCUUUGUUUUUGGUGAAUCAUAAGAAGCACGUGACACUGUGGGCUGAGGGCGAGUCCUGAGUAGGGUCCUACCAAUGCUCUUUCUCCGUUUCUUGGAGCAGGAGUUUGCCCGUGGAUGGAGACUGUGGCAGCCCCCACAGCAGUGCUGCUGACAAGGGCUUCCAAACACUGCCUGUGCCCCAGAACUGAAUCAGGGAUGGACAGCGAGCUCCCCGGGGCUCCUCUGUGCUUUAUUAUCUAAGGUGGCCUUGGUGUCCGCCCUUCCAUUUGUUUUUUGUGGGCUUGAGUGGCGUACACUGUUAUUCAUAGUUCAGGUCAAGCAGGUCGAGAGGCGGCAUUUAAAAAAAUAUAUUUAGUUUUUUAAAUAUUUGGGAUGGAACACUCUACUGACCUCUGAGAACGGGAAAUGCGUUCGUCUAACAGUCUGAGCUGUGGGUUGAGAACGGGAUCUAGGCGGGGGACCGCUGGGUGUGCACCAGCCUGCUGGCAGAGAUGUGCCUUGACACCAGUGGGCUGGGCCUGGGCCCGGGCCCAGGGACUCUUCCUGUUUCGAAAGGAAAGGAACGGAAGAAGAGCACUGAACAUUCCACUUAGGAAGAGGGUAGAGAAGGAUCGCGACUGCCUUAGGCCACAGGACCUGAGAUGGAGCUGGAGUGCUCCAGAUGCUGUCUUUCAGUGACCUCUCUUGGUUUUGCAGGGGUAAGACUACAGCCAGCUAACCUAUGGGAAUUACACUGUGGGGCCUUGUGAGCUGCUACUCAGAGACUAACCUGGAAACUAAGCUCAGAGGCAAGGUAAUAAAGUGCUUCAGGGCCUACCCCUGCAGUGGCCUAAAUUUGCAGGUGGCUCUGUGGCUUCUAGGCCAGUGCCUUCCAGCGGGGCACUGGGACUAGGGUCACAACCCCUAACUUGUAAAGCUGUCAUAGAACCACUGGAAGGGAUCUUAGGGUUCCUCAAGCCUUUUGGACACAGGGGUCCAGAGGGGGAAAGUGACACCCGAGGCCAUAGAACAAGCUACUGGCAUGGCCAAGAGAGUACAUUUUCCCACUGUGCUACCUGUGGCAAAGGCUCAGCAGGGCCUCCAAGUCCUGAGGUCACACUCGGAGGCCUUAUGAGUGCUCCCAAUCCAGAGCUUCCUUCCCAAAGCCCUUCCACUGCCCCCUUUGGUGGUGGUGGGGGGCGGCGGUUAGUGGGGCCCAUCCUCUUUAGCAGACUGUUCCCAGGGGUCAGUGGUACCUAUUGGGACCUAUGCCUCAGGGGGUCCCUUGGUAUUACUGAUACUGAAGAAGAGAACAUUACUGGUUUCUACUUUUCUAUAAAAGCAUUUCUCUCUCUACAUGUUUAAUAUACCUCAUUCUGACACCUGCAUAUAAAAUGCAGAAAACUGCUCUGCAUUUGACUUAUAUAAAUAAAUAAA